AUGGCUUCAAUGCCCAAGUUUUCUUAUCACAGGCUGAAGAAUGAAGGUUGGUUUGAUGAAGUUGAAGAAGAACAAGCAAUAUUAUUCAAGAAGACAAGGAAAUGGUCAAGGGGGCUGAGGAGGUUCGGCAUUAGGAAGCGGCCAAAGCUUCGAAUUCCUGGCUUGAGAAGGUUCGUGAGAAAGAGAAGCAGGUUUCUCUCUAAAGUUAAACUUUCAUGGGGAAAGGCUUUGAAGAGGCUGAAGAAUGGGCAGGCUCAUAUGAACGAUCUGUUCGGUGGGAAUUUCCUGGUUCUGCAGGUCAACCAUACGCCUUUUAGAAGUGGCGAGAAGCCUUGCAGGGAUCAUGGCCUUCGUGGCUGGUAG